AUGGAGGAUUUACCACCCUCUCGAAUCUACAUUGGGGGGUUGUCGACCUCUGUCACUGCUGCUGAAAUUACGUCAAGAUUGUCCGCAUAUGCGGAUGUAAAUAGCGUGGAAAUCAUCGAUUCUUCCCUGCCCGGUAUUCAGCCCAUUAAGGUUACUUUUAGAGGUUUCUCGCGGAUUUGGAUAUGUAAAUUUAUCCUUCAAAGACGCGUCCUGUUGGAAAAAAUGUAUUUCAUUCUAUUUGGUCAACUUCAUUGGAAACAUGGGAGAUAUGGCCGUUCAGUCCGUUCAAUGAAGCUUCGGUUUCCAGAUAACACUAUUCGAAUCAUUGAUCCUUUGUCUCAUAAAAAUGCAUUGGAAAAGCUUUUUGGCUCCGAAAAGCCAAAGCCUUACCACCUGCUCGCGUGGAAAAUAGACGACUUUGCAAAAGGCCGAGAUUCGCAAACUCUGCUUUUUUCUAGCGAAAAUGAGCUUGUCCCUCAAGUAGGUCAAGCUUUAACCGAUGAACAGCAGAUCCCUUCUCUUGAAGACCAACCCCAUAUUAAUAAGGACUCAAUGCCCAACUCCAAUUCAAUUGGACACCUUUUUGAUCCAUUGCUUUUUAAAGAAGGAAGUAAUGGCUUUAUGGCAUUUCUAAAUUUAGGUCUUUUCUCGGCAAUUGCAGAAUCCAGUUCUGCGGCCCCAGUAGAAACCCCAUCAUCUUGCACUGAAGCCUUGUCAUCUUCUGAUGUGGCGAAACAAUCUUCUUCGCCCAAUACUUUAGCAACUGCUGGAUCCCGAAGUUUAUGUUCGGCCCUUGAAGAAUGGAUAGGAUCAAUGCCUGUUGCUCCUGCAUUUGCAUUUAACCCAUUUGAACGGCUUCAUCAAAAUACGUCUUCCAGGUUGUACUUUUGUCGGUUAGAAGGGAAUGUGAAUGGUAAAGUUGAUGAUCAAAGCGUCAAUGAUCAAAGCGUCAACGAUCAAAAUUGGGUCUCACAAAAGGAAACUCUGAUGCAGGAUUUCAAGGAUGUCAGAAGAUUGCUCCUAGCCAAAAAAAAUAAAAGGUUUAAAUAUUGA